CCAGGAAUCUUCAAGCAACAAAAUGGCUGACGCUGCUGUUAUUGAGAAGCUGGAGGCUGGCUUCAAGAAACUUGAAGCCGCCACUGACUGCAAGUCUCUCCUGAAGAAGUACCUUUCUAAGGCUGUCUUCGACCAGCUCAAGGAAAAGAAGACCUCCCUGGGAGCCACCCUCCUCGACGUCAUCCAGUCCGGUGUGGAGAACCUGGACUCUGGUGUUGGUAUCUAUGCUCCCGACGCAGAGGCCUACACCCUCUUCUCUCCCCUCUUUGACCCCAUCAUCGAGGACUACCAUGUUGGCUUCAAGCAGACCGACAAGCACCCCAACAAGGACUUCGGUGAUGUGAACACCUUCGUGAACGUUGACCCCGAGGGCAAGUACGUCAUCUCCACCCGCGUCCGCUGCGGUCGCUCCAUGGAGGGCUACCCCUUCAACCCCUGCCUCACCGAGGCCCAGUACAAGGAGAUGGAGGCUAAGGUUUCCUCUACCCUCUCCAGCCUUGAGGGCGAGCUCAAGGGUACCUACUACCCCCUCACUGGCAUGAGCAAGGAAGUCCAGCAGAAGCUGAUCGACGACCACUUCCUCUUCAAGGAGGGUGACCGCUUCCUGCAGGCCGCCAACGCUUGCCGCUACUGGCCCGCCGGCCGUGGCAUCUACCACAACGACAACAAGACUUUCCUCGUCUGGGUCAAUGAGGAGGAUCACCUCCGCAUCAUCUCCAUGCAGAUGGGCGGUGAUCUCGGCCAGGUCUUCCGCCGCCUCACCUCCGCUGUGAACGAGAUUGAGAAGAGGAUUCCUUUCUCUCACCACGACCGCCUGGGCUUCCUCACUUUCUGCCCCACCAACCUUGGCACCACUGUGCGCGCCUCCGUCCACAUCAAGCUGCCCAAGCUUGCCGCCAACCGCGAGAAGCUUGAGGAGGUCGCUGGCAAGUACAACCUGCAGGUGCGCGGCACCCGCGGUGAGCACACUGAGGCUGAGGGCGGCAUCUACGAUAUCUCCAACAAGCGCCGCAUGGGUCUGACCGAGUUCCAGGCUGUCAAGGAGAUGCAGGACGGUAUCCUUGAGCUCAUCAAGAUGGAGAAGGAGAUGUAAGAAGCUUACUUUUAGUUACUACAGUCAUUCCCGGCUCUCAACCCCCUAUGGGUGGGGGCGAGCUGGUUUUAACUGUGGCGGUGUAGAAGGAGGGAGCGCCCUUAACCAUGGGCUUAGAUCCUAACGGAUGAAGUCCAAGGAGAAGGGCGUACCGGAUGGAGUGAGUCACCCAACUGUGUGAAGCUCCGGUAACAUUCCAGGCUACCCGGAGCUUUUGGGGGGGGGCGACAACUGUAAAUACCACCACGUACAUGAUUGGUAAUGCUACCCCCAACUAUAAUCACAAAUAUUAAAAAAAAAAAUAAAACUUAAAA